AUGUUGAUGUAUAAAGUUAGUUUCCAUAAUAGAGAGGAUUUCAUGAAACUUGUUUCUGGGUGUCCUCUAUUGAAGAGUUUCAAUGCUGUAUUUAUUAAAGUAUCAAUUGAAUCUGUUACUGCUGGGUAUUAUAAACCCUUGUCCAACUUGACUCACUCCUCUAUCUGUUUAUUUGAGGUUCCCUUCAAAGCUGUUUAUAGUGCCCAGCAUUUAAGCAUAUUAGGGUUGGGGCGUAUAGUUGGUAACGUAGAAACCAACUCAUAUUACAAAGACUUUCCUGUGUUUGGAAACCUAACUGAACUUCAUCUAACUUGGAGUAAUAAUGCCGACCUUCAUGAAUGGGAUGAGGUAUUGAAAAUGCUCCAUUAUUGUCCCAAACUUCAAUCCCUCACCAUUUACAAGCGAAGUUCACAAAACAAGGAUUGGAAAUACCCAUAUCAUGUUCCUCAAUGUCUUUCCUCUCAUCUAACAUCAUGUAACAUUCAACGCUAUGAGCCUUUGGAAGCUGAUUUUCGAUUUGCAACAUCUAUUUUGCAAAAUGCAUUACAUUUACAGGUUAUGACCAUUGGUGUUCUUCGCCCAAAACCAACAGAGAACCCCCAUUUUAUAGAUGAUUUAUUCUCCUCUUCAAGGAUCUCCCCUACGUGUCAACUCUCUAUUUCUGAUCUUCAACUCUCUGAUCUUGAUCCUUAG